GCCAAGCCGAUCAAUCGGCCUCUAGCCCUGCCCUAGUUCAGACUCAAUCUUCACAGCCAUCGUCGGCGGCCACGCCCGGCCAAAAGCAGCGCCAGUUGAGAAAGCAAUUCCCUCCCUUGACCCCAGCACGGGGGGCUCGAGGGUUAAGCUGGAUGAGAACAUCAUGGCGUUGUGCCAUUGCCAAAUCACUGACCGGGGGUUCGCCGAUGCCACCAGCAUGGUCGGACCCUCUAUUGAGGUCCUAAGGCCCACUAGCACCCAGACCGCCCUGGACGCUCCCUCAGGAUUCUUCACAGUUCAUCUGGCGUCUUUGAAGAAGGGGUUGCGAUUCUCUCUCCACUCGUUGUUGAUUGAAUUCCUCAACGAGUUGGACCCCCUUCCUUGCCAACUAGUCCCAAAUUCUCACCGGUAUAUUGCCUGUUAUCUGGUCAGAUGCAAGGAGGUAGGGGUGAAGCCAACCCUUGACCUUUUUCUGUUUACCUUCAAACUGACCAAAGGCCAUAAGGAUUGGGCGUCCUAUGCCAGCCUGUCCCAAAUGUCCAGUAAGCUCUUUACCAGCGACAAGAAGGGGUCGACCAAGGACUGGAAGCCCUUCUUUGUCUUUGUCUCAACGGGGCCUGAAUCUCCUUUCACGGGUUAAAGGCUCCCAUCCUUCCGUCGCGUCCCAUUUCCCCCACCCGACGCCACCCUCAUGUCCAUCACCCGGCAACUCUACGGCCAAGGGGCCGUCGAGAUUAAGAAUGUGGUGACUGAGGAAUCUCUAGCAGUGCUGGGGUUUGAGUUUGUCCAAGACGAGCUUCGCCACCAACCCGACCUGCUAAGGGAUGUU